AUGGAACCGUACGCUUCUUCAACGUCUGUGUCUGUCCCAUUGAUCACUGUAUCGACAUAUACCAGGAGCUCCGGCGUAGGUGCUUCUACUACUUCAAGUCAACCAGCCGAAGAGAGAACCGUCCCCUCCGGAGGAAACACUUGGGGCUCUAAUAGCGCAGCUGCUUCCAGUCAACCAUCCACUUCGUCUUCAUCUACCACGUCAUCGGGCAGUGGUCCCCUAAGCAACCUCCUAGGUGACCUAUCUGGCGACGCUGGAGAUUUGGGGGACUUGUUGAAAAUCUUGGGAAGUCAAGCGUUUCUCAACUUACUCCCUAACAUCAUCAAUACCUUUGAUUGCCUUGCUACUGGCCUGGCUCCUCUAGUUGAUAACAAAUUUUGGAGUGUGGUUGAUAAUGCCAACAACCUUCUUACUUUGAGCUUCAUUAGCAAAGUCGAGAAAUUAAUUGACAAUGCAAACGUUCUUCUCACGUCAGACUUUGUCCAUAAGGCAAGCACACUUAUAGACGAUGCUGUUCCUGUUGUGAAUGACACACCUAGUCUCCUAGGUGGGAACAACGUCAAAGCAAUUGAAACAUUGAUCAAAAGUGCAAACGGUCUUCUUACCACAAGCUUUGUUAAGAAGGCUAGUAACUUGAUCGAUAAUGCCACCCCACUUGUCACCGAGGCCAAUGGUCUCCUCAGCAACGAUAUUGUCAAGGAGAUAGUGGCCCUCCUUACAAAUGCGAAUAGUCUUUUGACUCCAACGUUUGUCAAGUUAACAAGCGGUCUCGUCAACAACGCCAGUCUAGCGGUCUCCGAGGCGCACGCUCCCCUCGGUGGCAACAAUGUCAAGUCAAUUGAAUCGCUGAUCUCGAAUGCUAACAUGCUGUUGACACCACAGUUCAUCAACCAGCCUUCUGGUAUGAUCAAUGACGUUGACAGACUUCUUACUCCCUCUGCCAUUAACACACUCCAAACUGCUAUUUCGGAGAUUCUUUCGCUAGUCUCUCCUUUGAUUCCUGCAAUCAAGUCAUUGUUGACAAGGAAUAUUAUCGACAAAAUAGAAAGCCUCCUCGACAAUUCUAGCACCUUGUUGACGGCUAAGUUUGUCAAUGAGACCGGAGGUAUCAUUGACGAUGUCGGUGGCCUGCUAUACCCUUAUCAUCUUAAGACUUUACUCAUGAAUGACGGAGGCCUGCUCACCGCUACCUUUGUCAACCAGAUGAGGAGUAUCAUCAGUGACGCAGAUGAGCUUUUUACCCCUCCACUCGUGAAGUCGCUCAAGGAUAUUCUGGGCUAUGUUGUUCCUCUAUUCCCCGCACUUAAGUCUUUACUAACGGAUAAUACAAUUACGGAAUUGGGUUCCAUUCUGAAAAACGCAAACUCUUUGCUGACGCCAUCGUUUGUUAAUGAAACAUCGACUUUGAUUGGCGACGUGAGUGAAGCAUUACCUAUGUUUGAGGGCUUGUUUAAUUCGCUGUGA